AAACAAACAAACAAAUACCCUAAAGAUACGAAGCCUGUUAAAAGAAGCCGAUGAGCUUUCCAGGAGGAGCCAGGGAGAGGUGAAGCCACGAAGAGUCUGAGGGCCCAUGGGAAGAGUUGCAAUAACAGGCUCUCUUCUCCGAAACCAUGCCAGAGAUGACAGAGAAUGAGACACCCACUAAGAAGCAACAUCGAAAGAAAAACCGGGAGACACAUAACGCAGUGGAGAGACAUCGAAAGAAGAAGAUUAAUGCUGGGAUAAACAGAAUUGGAGAACUCAUUCCCUGCUCUCCAGCACUUAAGCAGAGCAAGAACAUGAUCCUGGAUCAGGCCUUUAAGUAUAUAACAGAAAUGAAAAGACAGAACGAUGAACUUCUGUUAAAUGGAGGGAACAAUGAACAGGCUGAAGAGAUAAAAAAACUCCGGAAACAGUUGGAUGAACUGCAAAAGGAAAACGGGAGAUACAUCGAACUACUGAAAGCAAAUGAUAUUUGCCUGUAUGAUGACCCUACAAUCCACUGGAAGGGAAAUCUCAAAAAUGCAAAGGUCUCGGUUGUUAUUCCCGGUGAUCAGGUUCAAAAGAACAUCAUUGUCUAUUCAAAUAGGAGUCAACCCAAUGGAAAUAACCAGGGAGCAUCUGUCCAGGGAAUAACAUUUAACGUUGGUCACAAUUUACAAAAGCAAACAGCCAAUGUUGUACCAGUCCAGAGAACUUGCAACCUAGUGACUCCUGUGACGAUUUCCGGUAUUUACCCCACAGAAAACAAGCCAUGGUCGCAAACUACAGUUUCUCCGCUGGCAUCCACUCAGACAGCUCCAGCGGGGAACGUUCUUGAGCUUUCCACCCUGGAGAAUGAGCGGGGCGUGCUCGCCGCUGCUACUGCCAGCUCACAGAGCGCAUCUCAAUCCGGAACAGAACGGGAACUACAGUGUUCUUCAAGUAAUGCACCACAGAAUGAUCAAAAUCUCCCCAAAAGUAGAAAUGAUGAGGAGGGCACUAAAUUAACAAAGAAAACACUCCUGCAGGGAAUCAGCCUUCCUUCCAGUGCCUCCACGGAAUCCUCCCAAGUUCAACAGGUGAAUACAACUUGCUCAAAUACACAGAAUUCUAGGAGCGACCUUCAGGAAAGCUGUGUCAUUUCAACCACGGACACAGUUUGUAUGCCAUCUGUGAGACUGUCUACUGCAGAUAGUUCUUCCUCUGUAAACGUCCUCAAAAGUACAGACUUAGUAAGUAGUGCUGGGAUGCCUGUGACUUCGGCAGCAGAAGGAGUUAAGGCUGCGACGGGAAUAAGCACUCUGCCUGCCAGUCCCCUAGAGAACUGCUGGUCUUUUUCAGGCUCUUCAGGCGUUGGCGCUUCAGACUUGAAAAACAUGAGUAGCCUUACACGGAUGCCUUCAGCUGGAAACACACAGACCACGUGGACAACUUUGCAGCUAGCGGGAAAUACUGUUCAGCCAUUAAGCCAAACGCCAUCCGGUAUAAUGACUGCACUAUUAAAUGAACCAGUGAAUGGUGCUGGUGCUGUAUCUUCUGCUCACAGCAGGCCUUUGACUACAAGUAUCAGUUUGAAUACUUCUCUGCCUGGAGAUGGCCAGGCAGCUGAACAGAUUGUAGUUACCUUGCCCUCGUGCCCACCCUUACCUAUGCAGCCAUUAAUCAGCCAGCCACAGGUUAAAACUCAGGCUGCAGGAAAUAUCCUUCCAUUAAAUUCAGCUAUGCAGGUGAUUCAGAUGGCUCAGCCAGUCGCGUCAGCUGUUACAGGAGCACCAGCUAACCAGAAUGUCAUCAUUCUGCAGCCUCCAAACCCCGCUCCGUGCCCUCCAAUUGUGAGGGCAGAAGUUCCCAGCCAAAAUGUUAGUCAGCAAAUUGUAAUUAUACAGGCUGCUAAUCAGAAUCCUCUUCCCCUCCUCUCCGCUCAGCCUUCUGCUUCUGUAAGAGUUCCCGUGAACGGGCCGACUGCAAUCGCGAACUCUAGCAGCUCCAUACAAAAUGCCCCUCUUCCACAGACUUUUGGAGGGAAACACCUUGUCCAUAUAUUACCAAGACCAUCUUCUUUGCCAUCUUCUAGCUCUACGCAAACGUUUUCAGUUACAAUGUCAAAUCAACAGCAUCCUCAAACUAUCUCAUUAAACGGGCAGCUUUUUGCAUUGCAGCCUGUGAUGUCUUCAUCUGGAGCUUCAAAUCAAGCCCCUAUGCAAAUUAUUCAACCCACCACCAGCGAAGAUCCAAAUACCAAUGUUGCCCUCAACACAUUUGGUGCUUUAGCUAACCUCAAUCAAAGCAUAUCGCAAAUGGCUGGACAGAGCUGCUUACACUUGUCCCUCAGCCACCCUACCAAUCCCACAACUGUCAAUAACCAGAUUGCCACAGUUAACUGUGUGUCAUUACCAACUUCUGUGGCAUCUUCAGUACCUGCGGAGGUUUCGGUAUUGACUAGUGUGUCUAAUUCAAUAAAUACUUCCCCAAAAAAAGCAGCUGCUGGCUUGCCAUCCAAUGCAAAAUCAAAAAGGACAAACAAAAAGCCAAGUACAAAGAAGCACCAAGCAGUCAACAGUAAAGUGUCCUGUCUAGCAGUUCCUUGCAAAGAUGCAGGGAAGGUGGACUGUGUUCCCAUGGAAACGGUGGCAAAGCAUUCAAACGGUGAGGGGCUGCAUUCAAACGGUGAAAACGCUCCAGCAGUAUCGCAAGCUUUAACGACAUCACAGGCAAGCAGUGUGGCAGCAUCGAGUGGCAUCAGUGUUUCUGACUGUCAUUCCAAAGAGACUGCGAGCUCUGAACAGGCAGUGAAAACCUGCUCUGUCCCCGAGCCAAGCUCGGCAGAGGCGCCCGCUUCCUCACCACUGGCGUCCGUGGUGUCAGAGCAGCUGGCGCUCGUCCUGCCGGCUGCCAAAGAAGCUGCUCCUCGCCAGCAGGCCCGUGGGUCUCAGAACCGUCCACCAACCGGCUCUGCCUUGUCAGAGUCUCCCAAACCCUGUGAACCCCCCAGCACCUUAACGUCCUCUCGUACCGAAGCACAUGUGACACAUUCUCAGGUUGCUGGGACCUCAGCAGCACAGAACAGCACAGCAGGUCAUACUUCCAAGGCAGGAACGAUUUCGGAGUCCUGCAACGUUGUGCAGGAUUCCUCAGUGGUAAUGCAAGAUGCGGACUUGUUAGAAGGACAGGGUCUAACCAAAAUGCUCUCUGAUCUCACGAAAGAAAGAACAGCUGUGGAAAAAACCUCUUCAUUUACUGUUCAGGGGGAGCAUUCUAAUUUUCCCAUGGAAAACUCUAAAUCGGCAGAAUCAAAUGUCGAUUUGCCUGAGAAGCAGGAACUCUUGCUAAUGAACACAGAAGGUGAUACUCUCUCCCAGCAUCACUCCUGCAUUUCUGAUCAGGAAGUAGUCAGUGCUUCCCUUAUCGCUAGCAGGCAGGCAGACUCUCCGAUGUCAACUAGCUCUGGCAGCAGUCGAGGCUUCUCAGUUGCAUCUAUGUUGCCAGAUACCACCAGAGAAGACGUUACUAGCAGCACCGCAACCAGUACGUGCAACAGCUGCACAUUUUCAGAACAGACUGACAUUGUAGCUCUUGCAGCAAGAGCUAUUUUUGACCAGGAAAACCUUGAGAAAGGUGGAGGAGGAAUACAGGUUAACAUGAGGGAUGCCAUCUCUAAGUCAACUGAGGUUGCACCGUUGGAGAGAGAGCAACAGCCUUUUAAACCUCAAGCAGUAAAAGAAAACAAUGCAGGGCCGUUGGAAGCGGCACCAAACAAAUUCAGUGCUCAAGAUACAGUACAGACAAAUGUCGAUAGACAGGUUGAAAAGCCAAGCUGCUCUGUAGGAGGUGUGGAAACAUCAAACACUUCUUUGCAGAUUUCCACUUCCCAGUCACCAAGCAUAACCAGUUUAAGCGUGAAUAAUCUAAUACACCAGAGUCGCAUUGUGCAUCCCCUUGUGAGUUGCUCGAGUUUGUCCCAGUCUUCAGAGCCAGCAAGUGUCCCUGCAACUGUGAGCCUCUCCCUUCCAUCUAGCACAUAUGUCAAUCAGUCUCCAGGACCCGCUAUGAUGAGUGAAUAUGCUCAGGAACAACUGAAUGCUGUUAGGGCAAGCACCAUGCAGGUGCCCCAGCUGCAGGAAUCGCACUUAAAGCAGCAAAAUCAUGAAGGUCGCAAAGACUCUGCCAAGCGGGCUGUUCAAGAUGACCUUCUACUUUCUACGGCAAAGAGGCAAAAGCAGUGCCAGACAACGCCCAUAAGGCUUGAAGGGAUGGCGUUGAUGAACCGAACACCAGAGAGUAUUGCUGAUCAAACGCAGAUGCUAGUCAGUCAGAUUCCUCCUAAUUCAUCCAAUUCGGUGGCAUCUGUGAGCAAUCAAGGGCACACAGAUGGCCUUAAUAGGUUAUUCCCAUCAAACAGCAACUUUGUAACACCAGCUUUGAGACAAACUGAAGUUCAGUGUGCUUCUCAGCCAUCAAUUUCAGAGCAGCAAGGCCAGGCAGGGCAGCACUUGCAGCCAAUUCAACAUGUUCCUGCUCAAGGCGUAUCUCACCUUCACAGUAAUCAUCCAUACUUAAAGCAACAGCAGGCUGGUCAGUUAAGAGAAAGGCACCACUUGUAUCAGCUGCAGCACCAUGUCACUCACGGGGAAAACUCAGUCCACUCUCAAGCCCACAGCGUCCACCAACAGCGAACAAUACAGCAGGAGGUGCAGAUGCAAAAGAAGCGAAAUCUCAUCCAGGGAACACAAGCCACACAACUUUCUCUACAGCAAAAACACCACGGAAGUGAUCAAACACGGCAAAAAGGUGGUCAGCCUCAUCCUCACCACCAGCAAAUGCAGCAGCAGAUGCAGCAGCACUUUGGAGCUUCCCAGCCUGAAAAGAACUGUGAAAAUCCUGCAACAAGCAGAAACCAUCAUAACCACCCUCAGAGCCAUAUAAAUCAGGAUAUUAUGCAUCAACAGCAGCAAGAUGUUAGCAGCAGACAGCAAGGUUCAGCUUCUGAGCAUGUGUCAGGGCACAAUCAGAUGCAGAGACUUCUGACCUCAAGGGGCUUAGAGCAGCAAAUGGUGUCCCAGGCAAGUAUCGUAACCAGACCAUCAGAUAUGACAUGCACCCCUCACAGGCAGGAAAGAAACAGAGUUUCCAGCUACUCUGCUGAGGCGCUCAUUGGGAAGACGCCCUCUAAUUCGGAACAGAGAAUAGGAAUAUCUCUUCAAGGCCCUAGGGUUUCUGACCAGCUUGAAAUGAGAAGCUAUCUUGAUGUUUCUAGAAAUAAAGGGUUGGUCAUUCAUAAUAUGCAGGGCCGCUUAUCUGUCGACCAUACAGUUGGCUCAGAUGUGCAGCGCCUUUCCGAUUGUCAAACAUUUAAGCCAGCUGGACCCAAUCAACAACCGACGGGCAAUUUUGACGUACAGGCUUCAAGAAACAGUGAAAUUGGUAAUUCUGUGUCAUCCCUCAGGGGCAUGCAGUCACAAGCUUUUCGAAUCGGCCAAAAUACUGGGCCGUCCAUAGAAAGACAGAAGAGAUUGCCCUACCAGCCAGUACAGGGUAUUCCAACAGGAAAUACCCUGCCAUCAAGGGAAAAUGAAAACACGUGCCACCAAAGUUUUAUGCAGAGUUUACUCGCCCCUCACCUUGGAGACCAAGUUAGUGGAAGCCAAAGAUCAAUCCCAGAACAUCAAAGGAACACGCAGUGCGGCGCCUCCUCCACAAUUGAGUACAACUGCCCCCCAGCACGGGAGAGCGUCCACAUCCGAAGAGACGGUGAUGGCCAGAGCAGGGAGAGCUGUGACAUGUCUAUUGGUGCAAUUAACACAAGGAACAGUUCUUUGAAUAUUCCUUUUUCGAGUUCUUCUUCCUCGGGGGAUAUUCAGGGUCGCAAUACAAGCCCAAACAUCUCUGUGCAGAAGUCCAAUCCCAUGAGGAUGACGGACAGUCAUGGAACUAAGAGCCACAUGAAUACGCCUGUUUCUAGCAACAUGCAUGGAGUUGUGAGGCCAACUCACCCUCACCCUGCAGUUUCUCACGGAAAUGGCGAGCAAGGGCAACCUUCUGUUCGUCAGCCAAAUUCUUCAGUUACUCAGCGGUCAAGGCAUCCUCUGCAAGAUAAUGGAGGUUCUAAAAUACGUCAGCCUGAAAGGAAUCGAUCUGGAAAUCAAAGACAUGGAAACGUCUUUGACCCUAGUCUUCCCCAUCUUCCUCUGUCCACCAGCGGCAGCAUGAUCCUUGGGCGCCAGCAGUCUGCGAUAGAAAAAAGAGGAAGCAUUGUCCGAUUUAUGUCUGAUGGCCCUCAAGUGUCUAAUGAUAAUGCGGCCCCCGACCAACAUACUCUCUCUCAGAAUUUUGGAUUCCCUUUUAUUCCGGAGGGUGGCAUGAAUCCACCAAUAAAUGCCAAUACCUCUUUCAUCCCACCGGUCACUCAGCCUAGUGCCACUCGAACACCAGCUCUAAUCCCGGUCGAUCCUCAGAAUACCCUGCCAUCCUUCUAUCCUCCUUACUCUCCUGCCCAUCCCACCCUUUCCAAUGACAUUUCUAUCCCUUACUUUCCCAAUCAAAUGUUUCCUAACCCAAGCACGGAGAAGCCGAGUAGUGGAAGCUUAAACAAUCGAUUUGGAUCCAUUUUGUCUCCUCCCAGGCCUGUUGGUUUUGCUCAGCCAAGUUUUCCUUUGCUUCCGGAUAUGCCGCCGAUGCACAUGACCAACACGUCGCACUUAUCCAAUUUUAACUUGACGUCUUUGUUUCCAGAAAUAGCCACAGCUCUUCCUCCAGAUGGUUCAGCAAUGUCGCCUUUGCUUUCCAUUGCAAACACAUCUGCUUCAGAUUCUUCCAAGCAGUCCUCAAACCGACCUGCCCACAAUAUAAGCCAUAUUCUAGGUCACGACUGCAGCUCAGCUGUAUGAAAACUGAUAGACUGACUUCUAGUCUGAUGCGUUGUUUAUAUAUUUAAGAAGAAGAGAGUGGAUCUUACUGGCAUCCCUGAAGAGACCAUUCAUAGCAUCACUGUUUAUUUGCCUAAAUGUAUGUAUAUGGGUACCUUUCGUAUUUAUAUACACACUGUAUUUCCAUCCACCUUACUAACUUUAAAGCACCAGUGCCUAUAGCAAUGCUUACUUACUAGUAAACAGUAAGGACGCAACUUUUAGAGCUGUGCAAAUAUUGGUUGUUGAUUUUCCAACAAUCAAGUUUGAUGUCCGAUUGUUCCAGGGUAAGGGCCGCCCUCAGUAAUACAUGGAUGUAAAGAAAGGAGUGAGAGCAUCCAUAUGGGAGACAGGAAACAAAUGCUACAGGUUUCGUUUUGUUUCUGAUGCGUUUACCUGAAACUACAGAUAAACUUGAAGUGGCUUGGGUUUCUCUUUUUCCUUUGUAAAAUACCUUCAGAAGCCUCAACACAAGUCAAAUCUGUGUUAACCCAGCGUUAAUUGAUAAAGACGUUUGUUGUACAGCUUUUGUCUGUUUGAAGCUUGUCACAUGCACUUGACUUAAGGCUGACUUUACCUGGCAAAAAUUACUAUGUGUUUCCAUGGUCAGCAAUUAAAAAUACCGGUUUGGAAAAUUCAGAUUUCUUUAAGCCAUGACUUUCUGUUUCUAAGAAGAAUUUUGUUUGGAUCUGUUUUAACAAUGGCUUCAGUUACUGCUGAAUUUGGUCAGCCUUUUAACGUAGCUUACGAGUCCUUCUGAUGUAGUCAGCGGAGACAGCAGUCGGAUUUGUUGCCAUUUCAUUGUUUGUAUGCUGCAAGUUACCUCAGGGUGGGUUUUGUACCUUGUUUAGCACCUUCUUAAUGUCUUUUUUUUUUUUCCCCCCUCUCCUUCUCUUUGGCCCAUGCUCAAACACCAGCUUUCUGGUUUCUGUGAGUGACAGCCCUUUGUUGUACCAGGCAGCACAUGGGAGGAGGACUGAGCCUGUGGCAUCCCGCAAAAUGAGCGGGGAUCCCUGUGGGCACAGUUUUUACUUAACGUUGCUGACAGGAUCGGGGCCCAAGUUAAUACCAGUACUUUGCACUUGAAUGCACCUUUUGUCUAUAAACGCGUAUGAUUGUGGCUGAAGGAGGAACAUGAAUGUGUCAAGACCUAAACGCUGCACACCGGGAAGACGUUGUGAUUUGAGCACCACGAGGAAGGGGGAUGCGUUUGUAUGGGCGUGAGAGACGGUGAAUGUGCAUGCGCUGGCUGAGUCUCCAGUACUUUCACAAAUUUCGGUCCCGUUUCUUUUAAAGGAAAGGGAAGAACUAGGACUUUUUCUGAAACCUGCCGAGACCAGGAUGGAGAAAUACCAUUUCAUUGCCCUCCUCGAACACGGCAGUUUCUGUUGAAGUUCGACUGCAUACCAGUGUGAGUCUUUUUACGUGCCAUAAGUGAUGCUAAAUGAUCCUGUGGUGUUGGUGUGGGAUCAGGAAGACUGCUAUGAAAAGAAAGCACCUGCCCCCUGCUCCAGUCACUACGCUGCUGCCCAGGUGGAAGAGCUCCUCUCUGAAACAAAAAACACGCUGUGCUAGUACAGAGCCUCCUGAAUUUUGCACAGAUUUCCUACUGCACUUUAACGCUGCGCUGCUGCUGCUGUGGUUGGUGACUGUAGUGCUGCCGCAGGAAACAAAUCCUGUGGCAGGGCAACUGCAGAGGGCAUCGCGGGAGAAAAGGGGCCAUUUCAUUAUUUCUGAUCUCCUGUUGUCUCUUCACCUUAUUCAGAGGUACUGGCGCAGUCCUGGCUCAAGGACUUAGUCACAAACUCACGCUGUAAUCUGUUUCUGGAUGACUAACUGUUGUCAGCUGUGCUAAGGGCUGUGAUCUUUUGCUGUUCCCCAAAUAAGUUUCAUGCUCAUCACUUUAAUAAUUAUCUCACUCUGACUGGAAAGACAGAGUAGCAUCGAAUCUUUUUAUACCAAAUUGGUCAAAUUUGUGUUGUUUUCUGAUACAGUGAUAUAAGGAGCUCCAUUCUUUAUCAUCACUUAAGCUAUCUGCUACUGCUCUUCCCUUCUCCCGCUGCCACUGAUCCAGCAUGGGUAGCAGCCACAUGGACAGGAGUGCCAGUGCAGACGCAGGUAUACCGAGAGCAAGUUACGCUGUGAACCGGUGAAAGAUGUAGCAGAGAUUUUUGGUCAUGACGAUACAAAACCAUCUUCUCUCUGCGAACAAGCCCUGCUUAGUUACACAGAAGCCAUUUAUUAUUUGCCAAUACCGGUUUUUAUGAGAUAGAUAAAUUUAAAAAAAAAAAAAAAAGAAAAAAGCAUUUCUUUCUGCCUCAUCAGAAGUAUUUUUACAAGUAGGUUCCCAGUUUGCAAUAUGCUGCUGUUUUGGCAAUCACAAAUGUGAAACAACCAAGCUCGCAGUGGGUUGUACCCCUGUUCCUGCCCGCUCGCUGUGAGAAGGGAAGCAAAUACGGAUUUUGCCACAGGAGAUUAAUCAAAGAUGCUGUUGCCCUCCACAAUGUAAAUUAUUUAUAUUCAGUCCAGAGUUUUCUGCUGUGCUUCUGUUUUAUACAGCUGUAUACUUGGAUACAGCCCCAGUGGAGAGUCCUUACUAUUUUGUAAUGGAAAAAAGGAACUCUGCAGUAGAAAUCUAUAAUGAAUGAACAGGAACAUCAUCUUCCAAUUGUAAAUAAGAUCUUGUUCUGUUUAUUUUGACAUCUUUUUACAAAUGUGUUGCAUCCAGGUGUAAAUAGCCCAAACCAUGAUCUUGUUCAGAGUUCUGAGAUUUCUAUUGUUAAAUAUAAAACUUUGUUUAAUAGUUGUAAUAAUUAUUUGUAUAGAUAUGAACAUGAUAGUAUUUUAUUAAAAAAAAAAA